UCGCUCGGCAGCGCGGCUGCAAGCUGCGGGGGCGGGACGAGCGGCGGCGGUGGCUGUGGCGAGGCUCCGGGGUGCACCGGGGGCCCCAGGUUGCUUUGACUGCCCAGGCUCGUCAGGUGGACUCAUGGACCUAAUACGUUUCUCCUGAGAAGCAAACCAAUUUACUAAAAAAAAAAAAAAAAAAAUGGCGUUUGUUGCAACACAAGGGGCCACAGUGGUUGACCAAACCACGCUGAUGAAAAAGUACCUUCAGUUUGUGGCAGCACUCACAGAUGUGAAUACACCCGAUGAAACAAAGUUAAAAAUGAUGCAAGAAGUUAGUGAAAAUUUUGAGAAUGUCACAUCAUCUCCCCAAUAUUCGACGUUCCUGGAACAUAUCAUCCCUCGGUUUCUUACGUUUCUUCAAGAUGGAGAAGUGCAGUUCUUGCAGGAGAAGCCAGCCCAGCAACUACGGAAGCUAGUUCUUGAAAUAAUCCACAGGAUACCAACCAAUGAACAUCUUCGACCACACACAAAAAAUGUUUUGUCUGUGAUGUUUCGCUUUUUAGAGACGGAAAAUGAAGAAAAUGUUCUUAUUUGCCUGCGAAUAAUUAUUGAGCUUCACAAACAGUUCCGUCCACCCAUCACACAAGAAAUUCAUCAUUUCUUGGAUUUUGUGAAACAGAUUUAUAAGGAGCUUCCAAAAGUAGUGAACCGCUACUUUGAGAACCCUCAGGUGAUCCCUGAGAACACAGUUCCUCCCCCCGAAAUGGUUGGUAUGAUCACAACCAUCGCUGUGAAAGUCAAUCCCGAGCGUGAGGACAGUGAGACAAGAACACAUUCCAUCAUUCCAAGAGGAUCUCUGUCUCUCAAAGUAUUGGCAGAAUUGCCCAUUAUUGUUGUAUUAAUGUACCAGCUCUACAAACUGAACAUCCACAAUGUUGUUGCUGAGUUUGUGCCACUGAUUAUGAAUACUAUUGCGAUUCAAGUGUCUGCACAAGCCAGGCAACAUAAGCUUUACAACAAGGAAUUGUAUGCUGAUUUCAUUGCUGCUCAGAUUAAGACAUUGUCAUUUUUAGCAUAUAUCAUCAGAAUUUAUCAGGAGCUGGUGACCAAAUAUUCUCAGCAGAUGGUAAAGGGGAUGUUACAGUUGCUUUCCAACUGUCCAGCUGAGACAGCACAUCUCCGGAAGGAGCUUCUGAUCGCCGCCAAGCACAUCCUCACCACAGAGCUCAGAAACCAGUUCAUCCCAUGCAUGGACAAGCUGUUUGAUGAGUCCAUCCUGAUUGGCUCAGGAUACACUGCUCGUGAGACGCUCAGGCCCCUUGCCUAUAGCACUCUGGCUGACCUGGUGCACCACGUCCGACAGCACCUGCCCCUCAGCGACCUCUCCCUCGCUGUUCAGCUCUUUGCCAAAAACAUCGAUGACGAGUCUCUGCCCAGCAGCAUCCAGACCAUGUCCUGCAAGCUGCUGCUCAACCUGGUGGACUGCAUUCGCUCUAAGAGCGAGCAGGAGAGUGGCAACGGGAGGGACGUCUUGAUGCGGAUGUUGGAGGUGUUUGUUUUGAAGUUCCACACGAUUGCUCGAUACCAGCUCGCUGCCAUUUUUAAGAAGUGCAAGCCUCAGUCAGAACUUGGUGCUGUGGACGCCGCUCUACCCGGUGUGCCAACUGCCCCCGCGGCGCCAGGCCCUUCUCCCUCGCCUGCACCCGUGCCUGCCCCUGCACCGCCUCCACCGCCACCCCCGACCCCCGCCACCCCUGUUACGCCAGCUCCUGUGCCUCCCUUCGAGAAGCAAGGAGAAAAGGACAAGGAGGACAAGCAGACAUUCCAGGUCACAGACUGCCGGAGUCUGGUGAAGACCUUGGUCUGUGGCGUGAAGACCAUCACGUGGGGCAUCACAUCCUGCAAAGCCCCUGGUGAAGCUCAGUUCAUUCCUAACAAGCAGUUACAGCCCAAAGAGACUCAGAUUUACAUAAAACUUGUCAAGUAUGCGAUGCAGGCUUUGGACAUUUAUCAGGUCCAGAUUGCAGGAAAUGGACAGACAUACAUUCGCGUAGCAAACUGCCAAACUGUUCGAAUGAAGGAAGAGAAGGAGGUGUUGGAGCACUUUGCUGGUGUGUUUACGAUGAUGAAUCCCUUAACAUUUAAGGAAAUUUUCCAGACAACUGUCCCUUACAUGGUGGAACGAAUCUCCAAAAACUAUGCUCUUCAGAUUGUUGCCAAUUCCUUCUUGGCUAAUCCUACUACCUCUGCCCUGUUCGCCACGAUCCUGGUGGAGUACCUGCUUGACCGCUUGCCUGAGAUGGGAUCCAACGUUGAGCUCUCGAACCUAUACCUCAAACUCUUCAAGUUGGUCUUCGGCUCAGUUUCCCUCUUCGCAGCUGAAAAUGAACAAAUGCUGAAGCCUCACCUGCACAAGAUUGUGAACAGCUCCAUGGAGCUCGCCCAGACCGCCAAGGAGCCCUACAACUACUUCCUGCUGCUUCGGGCCCUGUUCCGCUCCAUUGGAGGGGGCAGCCAUGACCUCCUGUACCAGGAGUUUCUGCCUUUGUUGCCCAACCUCCUGCAAGGGCUGAACAUGCUGCAGAGCGGCCUGCACAAGCAGCACAUGAAGGACCUGUUCGUGGAGCUGUGCCUCACCGUGCCCGUGCGGCUGAGCUCGCUCCUGCCCUACCUGCCCAUGCUCAUGGACCCACUGGUGUCUGCGCUCAAUGGCUCACAGACCUUAGUCAGCCAGGGCCUGAGGACUCUGGAGUUGUGCGUGGACAACCUGCAGCCUGACUUCCUCUACGACCAUAUUCAGCCUGUGCGCGCGGAGCUCAUGCAGGCCUUGUGGCGUACUCUGCGGAAUCCUGCCGACAGCAUCUCCCAUGUGGCCUACCGCGUCCUGGGCAAGUUUGGCGGCAGUAACAGAAAGAUGCUGAAGGAAUCCCAGAAGCUGCACUACGUUGUGAGCGAGGUUCAGGGUCCCAGCAUCACCGUGGAGUUUGCUGACUGCAAAGCGUCUCUCCAGCUCCCAAUGGAGAAGGCCAUUGAGACGGCCCUGGACUGCCUGAAGAGUGCCAACACGGAGCCCUACUACCGCAGACAGGCCUGGGAGGUGAUCAAGUGCUUCUUGGUGGCCAUGAUGAGCCUGGAGGACAACAAGCAUGCCCUCUACCAGCUAUUGGCGCACCCCAACUUCACAGAAAAGACCAUCCCUAACGUCAUCAUCUCCCAUCGCUACAAAGCACAGGAUACCCCCGCUCGGAAGACAUUUGAGCAGGCGCUGACUGGGGCCUUCAUGUCUGCCGUCAUCAAAGAUCUCCGGCCCAGCGCGCUGCCCUUUGUGGCCAGCCUGAUCCGCCAUUACACCAUGGUGGCUGUGGCCCAGCAAUGUGGUCCUUUCUUGCUGCCAUGCUACCAGGCGGGCAGCCAGCCCAGCACGGCCAUGUUUCACAGCGAGGAGAAUGGGUCGAAGGGGAUGGACCCCUUGGUGCUCAUUGACGCCAUAGCCAUCUGCAUGGCCUACGAAGAGAAGGAGCUCUGCAAGAUCGGGGAGGUUGCGCUUGCCGUGAUAUUUGAUGUUGCUAGUAUCAUCCUGGGCUCAAAGGAGAGGGCAUGCCAGCUGCCCCUGUUUUCUUACAUCGUGGAGCGCUUGUGUGCUUGCUGCUAUGAGCAGGCCUGGUACGCCAAGCUAGGUGGUGUGGUGUCCAUCAAGUUCCUCAUGGAGCGGCUGCCUCUCACCUGGGUGCUGCAGAACCAGCAGACCUUCCUCAAAGCGCUGCUCUUUGUCAUGAUGGACCUAACCGGGGAGGUAUCGAACGGGGCUGUGGCCAUGGCCAAGACCACGCUAGAGCAGCUCCUGAUGCGCUGUGCUGCCCCGCUGAAGGAUGAGGAGCGUGCCGAGGACAUUGUAGGGGCACAGGAGAAAUCCUUCCACCAUGUGACACAUGACCUGGUGCGCGAAGUCACGUCCCCCAACCCCACAGUGCGGAAGCAGGCCAUGCACUCGCUGCAGGUGCUGGCCCAGGUCACCGGCAAGAGCGUCACUGUCAUUAUGGAACCCCACAAAGAGGUCCUCCAGGACAUGGUCCCUCCCAAGAAACACCUGCUACGGCACCAACCAGCCAAUGCCCAAAUCGGCCUGAUGGAGGGAAACACGUUCUGCACCACGCUGCAGCCGCGGCUCUUCACCAUGGACCUCAAUGUGGUGGAGCAUAAGGUGUUCUAUACAGAGCUCUUGAAUCUGUGUGAAGCUGAAGACUCGGCUUUAACCAAGCUGCCCUGUUACAAGAGCCUUCCGUCCCUGGUGCCUCUGCGAAUCGCUGCGUUAAACGCACUUGCUGCCUGUAACUACCUCCCUCAGUCUCGAGAGAAGAUCAUCGCUGCUCUCUUCAAAGCCCUUAAUUCCACCAACAGUGAGCUCCAGGAGGCUGGGGAAGCCUGCAUGAGGAAGUUUUUAGAAGGUGCAACCAUAGAAGUUGAUCAGAUCCACACUCAUAUGCGGCCCUUAUUGAUGAUGCUGGGGGACUACCGGAGCCUGACCCUGAAUGUUGUGAACCGGCUGACCUCGGUCACCAGGCUCUUCCCAAACUCCUUCAACGACAAAUUCUGUGAUCAGAUGAUGCAACAUCUUCGAAAGUGGAUGGAAGUGGUGGUCCUCACCCACAAAGGGGGCCAGAGGAGUGACGGGAAUGAGAGCAUGUCAGAGUGCGGGAGAUGUUCCUUGUCUCCAUUCUGUCAGUUUGAGCCUGCCAUGGAAGGGGUAGAGGAAAUGAAAAUCUGUUCUGCGAUUAUAAACCUUUUUCACCUGAUCCCGGCUGCCCCUCAGACUCUGGUCAAGCCACUGUUAGAGGUCGUGAUGAAAACAGAACGGGCUAUGUUGAUUGAGGCCGGCAGUCCCUUCCGAGAGCCUCUGAUCAAGUUCCUGACCCGGCACCCAUCACAGACGGUGGAGCUGUUCAUGAUGGAAGCCACGCUCAAUGACCCCCAGUGGAGCCGCAUGUUCAUGAGCUUUUUAAAGCACAAAGACUCCAGGCCUCUGCGCGAUGUGCUGGCUGCGAACCCCAACCGCUUCAUCACGCUGCUGCUGCCAUGCGGCACACAGGCGGCUGUGCGGCCUGGCUCCCCCAGCACCAGCACCCUGCGCCUAGACCUGCAGUUCCAGGCCGUCAAGAUCAUUAGUAUCAUAGUCAAGAACGACGACUCGUGGCUCGCCAGCCAGCAUUCCCUGGUGAGCCAGCUGAGGCGUGUGUGGGUGAGUGACACCUUCCAAGAACGGCAUCGCAAGGAGAAUAUGGCGGCCACCAACUGGAAGGAGCCCAAACUGCUGGCCUACUGUCUGCUGAGUUACUGCAAAAGGAACUACGGAGACAUAGAGCUGCUGUUCCAGCUGCUGCGAGCCUUUACUGGGCGUUUCCUGUGUAACAUGACCUUCCUGAAAGAGUACAUGGAGGAAGAGAUCCCUAAGAACUAUAGCAUUGCUCAGAAGCGAGCUCUGUUUUUCCGCUUUGUGGAGUUCGUUGACCCCAACUUUGGCGAUGAACUCAAAGCCAAGGUUCUGCAGCACAUCUUGAACCCUGCUUUCUUACACAGCUUUGAGAAGGGGGAAGGAGAGCAGCUCCUGGGACCACCCAAUCCGGAAGGUGAUAACCCUGAAAGUAUCACCAGUGUGUUCAUCACCAAGGUGCUGGACCCUGAGAAGCAGGCAGACAUGCUGGACUCGCUGAGGAUCUACCUGCUGCAGUUUGCCACACUGCUUGUGGAACACGCGCCACACCACAUCCACGACAACAACAAGAACCGCAACAGCAAGCUGCGCCGCCUCAUGACCUUCGCCUGGCCCUGCCUGCUCUCCAAGGCCUGUGUGGACCCUGCCUGCAAGUACAGUGGCCACCUGCUGUUGGCACACAUCAUCGCCAAGUUCGCCAUCCACAAGAAGAUUGUCCUGCAGGUAUUCCACAGUCUUCUCAAGGCUCAUGCCAUGGAGGCACGCGCCAUCGUCAGACAGGCGAUGGCUAUUCUGACGCCAGCAGUUCCAGCCAGGAUGGAAGACGGACACCAGAUGCUGACCCACUGGACGCGCAAGAUAAUCGUGGAGGAGGGCCACACAGUGCCUCAGCUGGUACACAUCCUGCAUCUGAUUGUGCAGCAUUUUAAGGUGUACUACCCGGUCCGGCAUCACUUGGUGCAGCACAUGGUGAGCGCCAUGCAGAGGCUUGGCUUUACACCCAGUGUCACCAUUGAGCAGCGGAGACUGGCCGUGGACCUGUCUGAGGUGGUCAUCAAGUGGGAGCUGCAGAGAAUCAAGGACCAGCAGCCUGAUUCUGACGUGGACCCCAAUUCGAGUGGCGAAGGUGUGAGCUCCGUGUCCUCGUCCAUUAAGAGAGGUCUGUCGGUGGAUUCAGCACAGGAAGUGAAGCGCUUCCGGACGGCCACGGGCGCCAUCAGUGCGGUGUUUGGGCGGAGCCAGUCCUUGCCAGGUGCUGACUCUCUACUUGCCAAGCCCAUCGAGAAGCAGCACACAGACACGGUGGUGAACUUCCUCAUCCGUGUGGCCUGCCAGGUGAACGACACCACCAGCACUGCCGGCUCUCCCGGGGAGUUGUUGUCCCGCCGCUGUGUGACACUGCUCAAGACGGCCCUGCGGCCCGACAUGUGGUCCAAAUCCGAGCUCAAGCUGCAGUGGUUUGACAAGCUGCUGAUGAGUGUGGAGCAGCCAAAUCAGGUCAACUAUGGGAAUAUCUGCACUGGCUUAGAGGUGCUGAGCUUCCUGCUGACGGUCCUCCAGUCUCCCGCCAUCCUCAGCAGCUUCAAGCCGCUCCAGCGAGGCAUUGCUGCCUGCAUGACAUGUGGGAACACGAAGGUGCUGCGGGCCGUACACAGCCUCCUGUCACGCCUGAUGAGCAUCUUCCCAACAGAGCCGAGUACUUCAAGUGUGGCCUCCAAACACGAGGAGCUGGAGUGUCUGUAUGCGGCGGUAGGAAAGGUCAUCUAUGAGGGCCUCAACAACUACGAGAAGGCCACUAGCGCCAACCCCUCCCAGCUCUUUGGCACCCUGAUGAUCCUCAAGUCUGCCUGCAGCAACAACCCCAGCUACAUCGACAGGCUCAUCUCCGUCUUCAUGCGCUCCCUGCAAAAGAUGGUCCGAGAGCACCUAAACCCACAGACGGCCUCCGGGAGCACCGAAGCAGCCUCAGGCACAAGCGAGCUGGUGAUGCUAAGCCUGGAGCUGGUGAAGACGCGUCUGGCCGUGAUGAGCAUGGAGAUGCGAAAGAACUUCAUCCAAGCCAUCCUGACCUCUCUCAUUGAGAAGUCGCCUGAUGCCAAAAUCCUCCGUGCAGUGGUCAAGAUUGUGGAAGAAUGGGUGAAAAAUAACUCCCCGAUGGCAGCCAGUCAGACACCUACACUCCGGGAGAAAUCCAUCUUGCUUGUGAAAAUGAUGACCUACAUAGAAAAGCGCUUUCCAGAAGACCUCGAAUUAAACGCCCAGUUUUUAGACCUUGUUAAUUAUGUUUACAGGGAUGAGACUCUGUCUGGCAGUGAACUGACGGCUAAACUCGAGCCCGCCUUCCUUUCUGGCCUGCGCUGUGCCCAACCACUCAUCCGGGCCAAGUUCUUCGAGGUUUUUGACAAUUCCAUGAAGCGCCGGGUCUAUGAAAGAUUGCUGUAUGUGACCUGCUCCCAGAACUGGGAGGCCAUGGGGAACCACUUCUGGAUCAAGCAGUGCAUUGAGCUUCUCCUGGCCGUGUGUGAGAAGGGCACCUCCAUCGGGACAAGCUGCCAGGGGGCCAUGCUGCCAUCCAUCACGAAUGUCAUCAACCUGGCUGACAGCCACGACCGUGCCGCCUUUGCCAUGGUCACACACGUCAAGCAAGAGCCACGGGAGCGUGAGAACAGCGAGUCCAAAGAGGAGGAUGUAGAGAUCGACAUUGAGCUCGCCCCAGGGGAUCAGACAAGCACGCCCAAAACCAAAGAGCUUUCUGAGAAGGACAUCGGGAACCAGCUGCACAUGCUGACCAACAGGCAUGACAAGUUCUUGGAUACACUCCGUGAGGUCAAGACUGGUGCCCUGCUCAGCGCCUUUGUCCAGCUGUGCCACAUCUCCACGACUCUGGCUGAGAAGACAUGGGUGCAGCUGUUUCCCAGGCUCUGGAAGAUCCUGUCAGACAGACAGCAGCAUGCACUGGCUGGGGAGAUCAGCCCAUUCCUGUGCAGCGGCAGCCACCAGGCCCAGCGCGACUGCCAGCCCAGCGCUCUCAACUGCUUCGUGGAGGCCAUGUCCCAAUGCGUGCCCCCCACUCCCAUCCGGCCCUGUGUCCUCAAGUAUUUGGGCAAGACACACAACCUCUGGUUCCGUUCCACGCUGAUGCUGGAGCACCAGGCUUUCGAGAAAGGUCUGAGCCUGCAGAUCAAGCCCAAGCAGACAACAGAAUUCUACGAGCAGGAGAGCAUAACCCCACCUCAGCAGGAGAUCCUGGACUCCCUUGCCGAACUGUACUCAUUGCUCCAAGAAGAAGACAUGUGGGCCGGCCUGUGGCAGAAGCGGUGCAAGUACUCAGAGACGGCCACGGCCAUUGCCUACGAGCAGCACGGCUUCUUUGAGCAGGCCCAGGAGUCCUAUGAGAAAGCGAUGGAUAAAGCCAAGAAGGAGCACGAGCGGAGCAGCGCAUCUCCGGCCAUUUUUCCCGAGUACCAGCUGUGGGAGGAUCACUGGAUCCGGUGCUCUAAAGAGCUGAACCAGUGGGAAGCCCUGACGGAAUAUGGUCAAUCCAAAGGGCACAUCAACCCAUACCUUGUGCUGGAGUGCGCCUGGCGGGUGUCCAACUGGACGGCCAUGAAGGAGGCACUUGUGCAGGUUGAGGUGAGCUGUCCCAAGGAGAUGGCCUGGAAAGUGAACAUGUACCGCGGGUACCUGGCCAUCUGCCACCCCGACGAGCAGCAGCUCAACUUCAUCGAGCGCCUGGUGGAGAUGGCGAGCAGCCUGGCCAUCCGAGAGUGGCGGCGCCUGCCCCACGUGGUCUCACAUGUGCACACACCUCUGCUGCAGGCAGCCCAGCAGAUCAUCGAGCUCCAGGAGGCUGCACAGAUCAACGCAGGCCUGCAGCCAAGCAACCUGGGGCGCAGCAACAGCCUGCACGACAUGAAGACAGUCGUGAAGACAUGGCGCAACCGGCUGCCCAUCGUGUCCGAUGACCUGUCCCACUGGAGCAGCGUCUUCAUGUGGCGCCAACAUCAUUAUCAGGCUAUCGUGACAGCGUACGAAAACAGCUCUCAGCAUGACCCCAGCUCCAACAACGCCAUGCUCGGGGUCCACGCAUCAGCCUCUGCCAUCAUCCAGUAUGGGAAGAUUGCCCGGAAGCAGGGGCUGGUCAACGUCGCGCUAGACAUCCUGAGCCGCAUCCACACGAUUCCCACUGUGCCCAUCGUGGAUUGCUUCCAGAAGAUUCGCCAGCAGGUGAAGUGCUACCUGCAGCUGGCAGGAGUCAUGGGGAAGAACGAGUGUAUGCAGGGCCUUGAAGUUAUUGAAUCUACAAACUUGAAAUACUUUACAAAAGAGAUGACAGCCGAGUUCUAUGCUCUGAAAGGAAUGUUCUUGGCGCAGAUCAACAAAUCGGAGGAGGCCAACAAGGCCUUCUCUGCAGCGGUCCAGAUGCACGAUGUUCUGGUGAAGGCCUGGGCCAUGUGGGGUGACUACCUGGAGAACAUCUUCGUGAAGGAGCGGCAGCUGCACCUGGGCGUGUCUGCCAUCACUUGCUACCUGCACGCGUGCCGGCACCAGAACGAGAGCAAGUCCAGGAAGUACCUGGCCAAGGUGCUAUGGCUUUUGAGCUUUGAUGAUGACAAGAACACGCUGGCAGAUGCUGUGGACAAGUACUGCAUCGGUGUGCCCCCCAUCCAGUGGCUGUCAUGGAUCCCGCAGCUGCUCACCUGCCUGGUGGGCUCCGAAGGAAAACUGCUCCUAAACCUCAUCAGCCAGGUUGGACGAGUGUACCCUCAAGCGGUCUACUUCCCCAUCCGGACCCUCUACCUGACCCUGAAGAUAGAGCAGCGGGAGCGCUAUAAGAGUGAUUCUGGACAGCAGCAGCCCAGUUCAGUGGGUAACCAGUCCCAUUCUGCACCAGAUCCAGGGCCCAUAAGAGCGACAGCGCCCAUGUGGCGCUGCAGCCGAAUCAUGCACAUGCAGCGGGAGCUCCACCCCACCCUCCUGUCUUCCCUGGAAGGCAUCGUCGAUCAGAUGGUCUGGUUCCGGGAAAACUGGCACGAAGAGGUGCUCAGGCAGCUGCAGCAGGGCCUGGCCAAGUGUUACUCGGUGGCCUUUGAGAAGAGCGGAGCCGUGUCCGAUGCCAAGAUCACACCCCACACACUCAACUUCGUCAAGAAGCUGGUGAGCACAUUCGGGGUGGGCCUGGAGAACGUGUCCAACGUCUCCACCAUGUUCUCCAGCGCCGCCUCCGAGUCCCUGGCUCGGCGCGCUCAGGCCACGGCGCAGGACCCCGUCUUCCAGAAGCUCAAGGGCCAGUUCACGAGUGAUUUUGAUUUCAGUGUUCCAGGAUCAAUGAAGCUUCAUAAUCUCAUUUCUAAGUUGAAAAAGUGGAUCAAAAUUUUGGAAGCGAAAACCAAGCAGCUACCCAAGUUUUUCCUCAUCGAAGAAAAGUGCCGUUUCUUGAGCAAUUUCUCUGCCCAGACGGCCGAGGUGGAGAUUCCAGGCGAGUUUCUGAUGCCGAAGCCCACGCACUACUACAUCAAGAUUGCCAGGUUCAUGCCGCGGGUGGAGAUCGUGCAAAAGCACAACACGGCAGCACGGAGGCUCUACAUCCGCGGGCACAACGGCAAGAUCUACCCAUACCUGGUGAUGAACGACGCCUGCCUCACUGAGUCGCGCCGCGAGGAGCGAGUGCUGCAGCUGCUGCGGCUGCUCAACCCCUGCCUAGAGAAGAGGAAGGAGACCACCAAGAGGCAUCUGUUCUUCACAGUGCCCCGAGUCGUGGCCGUGUCCCCGCAGAUGCGCCUGGUGGAAGACAACCCAUCCUCGCUGUCACUCGUGGAGAUCUACAAGCAGCGUUGCGCCAAGAAGGGCAUCGAGCACGACAACCCCAUCUCCCGCUAUUAUGACCGGCUGGCCACAGUGCAGGCUCGUGGGACGCAGGCCAGCCACCAGGUGCUCCGAGACAUCCUGAAGGAGGUGCAAGGCAACAUGGUCCCACGCAGCAUGCUCCGUGAGUGGGCGCUGCACGCGCUCCCCAAUGCCACCGACUACUGGACCUUCCGCAAGGUGCUCACCAUCCAGCUGGCUCUCAUUGGCUUUGCAGAGUUUGUGCUGCACCUCAACAGGCUCAACCCCGAGAUGCUCCAGAUCGCCCAGGACACUGGCAAGCUGAAUGUCGCCUAUUUCCGCUUUGACAUCAAUGACGCCACGGGGGACUUGGACGCCAACCGCCCAGUCCCCUUCCGCCUCACGCCCAACAUCUCAGAGUUCCUCACCACCAUCGGGGUCUCAGGCCCGCUCACUGCCUCCAUGAUUGCCGUUGCCCGCUGCUUCGCACAGCCAAACUUUAAGGUGGACGGCAUCCUGAAGACGGUGCUGCGUGACGAGAUCAUCGCCUGGCACAAAAAAACCCAGGAGGACACGUCAUCCCCACUGUCAGCUGCCGGGCAGCCCGAGAACAUGGAUGGGCAGCAGCUGGUGUCCCUGGUGCAGAAGGCUGUCACCGCCAUCAUGACCCGCCUGCACAACCUCGCCCAGUUUGAGGGUGGUGAGAGCAAAGUGAGCACCCUGGUGGCCGCUGCCAACAGUCUGGACAACUUGUGUCGCAUGGACCCUGCCUGGCAUCCUUGGCUGUGACCCCACCCAGCUGACAACCCCUCUGAACCCGGCCCAGCCAGCCAAAGUUCCUGAGAGUUGAAGUUCAGAAGAGGAAAUGGAACCAACUGUGAGGCCCAAAGUGGCAGAGCUGAGAUCUUCUGGGCUCCUGCGAGUUCUUCCGGCGACUUCAGUGAACCAGAGAAUGUCUCAGCUGUUGUUCCUGCUCCGCUUUGACCCAUGGCUGGCCAUGGGACCAUCACCCGACCUCAGGGGACCACCGGAAGAAAGCAGUCCCAUGUCCUGUGCUGGCCCCAUGGAUGUCUUGCAGAUGUCUUUCCCAUCAGUGUAACUGAAAAGAAUCACUUUUUCUUCUUAAUUUAAAAAGAAAUGAUAGCAAUGAACAUGCGUUCGUUAAUUCCCGUCUGUUAUGUUCCCAUUUUUAUAAAUAGGUGCAUUGAGAAUGUUCUAUCUAAAUUUGUACAGUGUGAUUUUUUAGAAUAAAUAUUUUCUAACAGGA